CGUUUUCAAUCGAUGUUAUAGUUUAAAAAAUUCGUGUUAAUCAAUUUUAAUUAAUCUGAUUUCUCUUUUUCAAUGAUAAUAAUAAUAUUUUGCACAAAGUCGACGAUAUUGUGAAUAUGAUCCUAAUUUAAAUUUAUUAAAUAUGCAUAUAUCUAUAAAUUAUAAAACUACGAAGUAUUAUAACGAAAGACUCGUUCGUAAUGAACUACCUCUAAUCUAUCGUAUGUAUGCAAUUGACGCGGUGCGGCGCUGUAAUAUAUUCGAGUUUAUUUACCGUUUCGAUUUAUUGUCGAUCGAAAUUUAAACGCGAUGGAAAUCUAAAAAAUUAAAUGGAAUGAUUAAUUGUUAAUAAUAUCAUUGUAACAUUAUUCUUAAUUGUGUGAAAUCAUUUAAAAUUAAAAUAGUUUUAUCGAGUGAAAAUGAAGGAAAUUAAUACGAUAUAUCGUCAAUGACGUUAGAGAAAGAAAAUGCGGAUUCUAAUUAAAUGCUUAAUUAUUUGCUUAAUUAUAUUAAUUCAUAAUUUAAAAUUUCACUUCGAUACACGAAUAAACUCGAUCGGUUUUAAUUUGGAUCAUAGCGAUCGCAUUCUAAUCGAUAAUGUUGGAAACGAUACAAGGAUGGUAACAUCGAUAUCAUCGAACUCUCAAACAGCGUAACGUAAAGCAGGUUGAAUGUUAAAUUUGUACGUCAUUAUCGCGAAUAAAUUCGUUCGUAUAUUUCGCAAAAAUUUUUCGCAAUCUUUUUAUAGUUGGCAAAGGAGUAUCGUUCUUUAAUCGAAUUAAUUGCCAGCUUCGCUAAACGUAAAAUAAUAACCGGAUAUCCCGGUUAGCGAUCGUUUAGACCAUAACGAAUAAUGGCGUUAUGCUUUUCAAGAAAUUACGCGGUCAUUAAGGUCGAUAAGUUCUCCGAGUGGCAUGGUUCGAAAACCGGUAGUGCAAGUAAAGACAGCUACCGCAUCAGCCGAGUAUCAGUGUGCAAAGAUUGUGAUUCGAAAAACGAAAAUCGCGAGCCGAUUGAACGAACAUCUUACGCUCGUUUUCUUUUUUUUUUUUUUUGUUUAAAAUGGAUCAUUCGAUGAUAUUCCUGUUGAAGUUUCUGCUCUGGGCUCAUUUGUUCCUCGCAGUCGUCUCUUUACCAACUUUGGGUUACGUCGAUCGACAUCGUUUAGAGACUUACGAAGAUUUUUCCGAGGAACGAUUCGGCGACUUGGAUUUUUUUAACAAUCUGACCUUUCGAUUCUCUUGCGAGGGAAAACCGAUUGGCCUGUACGCGGAUCUAGAAUACGAUUGCCGAAUUUUCCACGCUUGCGAUGAUUCGGGAAACGGUUUCCCCGUCGUUUGUCCGAACGAUACGUUUUUCGAUCAACGGGAACGUGUGUGCAGCGACGAAGGACACGUUGACUGUAAACACGCCAACGAAUGGUUUUAUUUAAACGAGUUGCCAUUCUCGUUGGAAGUGACGGAGAAGAAUCAUGUUCGAACAGAAGAAAAAGAAGAAGUUCCUUCGGUGUUGCCUCUUUUGUUACAGUGACAAAAUCAAAGAUUAAUUUUACGUGAAAAUGUGAAAUAAAAAACGUUACAGUGGAUCAA